UUUGACAAGUGACUCAUUGCAUCGAUCGCUCUUAGUAGCUAACGUCUGCUGUUCUGUUUAUGUCUGCGUGUUCGUAGAAUUGGAAAGCCCUUUAUCGAGGACAGUGAACAGGUCCGUUAUUGAUGACUGUCGACAGCCAAAAGACGGGCAGAACGACACAAACUGGAGGAAGAAGCCGCCUGUUAGAUAAUUCGUGGGGAAAUCGUCGAGGAUAACAACCGUUAGGCACACACAAGUAAUAAAUGUCUCCGCUGAUGGCGGUCGAUCAUCGAGCAAUUUCAAAGAAUCAUUAAUGUAUCAUCUGAGUUUAAGAAGUUUGUUUCCCCUAACCACACCACGAUACUGCGGCCACAUAAAAAGUUCUCUGGCUGCGAAGUACCUAUCUUUAACUGUGUGGCAUUAUUAGUUCACGACAGAAGACUGAAUAAUCAAACAUAGUAACAUUUGAUAUUCGUAUGUAUUCUUAUUUGUAGAGGGUUGUUUUAUUGCAAACGUUAGGUUGAAUUCAAACUCGAAAGAGCAAUGUAUCAAAGAAGAUUGUAGCCUUUACUUGGAGUGACCGGUUUAUGACCGAGUGUGCCUUUCUUGAGUGAAUGUCUAUCAUUACCGUGCUUGUAUGCCUGCAUCCGACUGACGACGCAAAACUUACUCGACAAUUAGUUACGUAAAUUUUCCGAACAGCUAGGAUCUGCUAAACCUAUAAAUGGAUAAAAAGGAGAGCCGCUUGCUCGUCCCAGACAUACAUGUCGCCGAACAAAUUCGUUCAGGCACCCAGAACACACUCAAGUACGUGUCACUUGUAACACUGACAGUGCAGAACGCAGCGCUCAACUUGGCGAUGCGAAGUUCGCGGACACAAAAGGAGCUUUUCAUCGCUUCAACAGCGGUCGUAACGGCUGAAGUCAUAAAACUUGUGACCUGUUUGGGCAUCAUUCGCUUCGAGGAGGGUUCGUGGUCAAGAACUGUCGGCACAACUCACAAGACAGUAUUUGUAAAUUUUUGGGAUACUCUCAAGGUGGCCAUACCUUCGUUUGUCUAUACGAUACAAAAUAACCUUCUCUACGUUGGAGCUACUCAUCUGGACGCUGCCACCUGCCAGGUCACGUAUCAAUUGAAGAUUCUCACGACAGCAUUGUUUUCGAUCGCGUUGUUACGGAAAAAGAUCUCGGCGGUUCAGUGGGUAUCAUUGCUUAUGCUAUUCGUUGGGGUCGCCCUUGUACAGCUUGCGCAGUUGGACAAACCGUCGAUCAAUUCGGCCGGCAGGGAACAGAAUCCGUGGUUAGGCUUCAUGGCAAUCUUCAUGGCCUGCGCUUUAAGCGGUUUUGCCGGCGUAUACUUCGAGAAAAUCCUAAAAGGCGCAGAUAUCUCGGUGUGGAUGCGUAACGUGCAACUAUCUGUCGUCGCUAUUCCUAUCGGUUUGCUAACUACGUUCUCGUACGAUCUGGCGGAAGUGACAGCAAAGGGCUUCUUCCAUGGCUAUAACGCUAUUGUUUGGUCGGUGAUUUUACUUCAGGCCCUUGGGGGUCUAUUAGUAGCUAUGGUGGUGCGAUAUUCCGACAACAUUCUCAAGGGCUUCUCGACGUCAUUGGCAAUCAUCUUAUCAUGCAUUGUUUCAAUUUACGCGUUCGGUUUUGUCCUCACCGUCAACUUUUGCGUCGGCACAUUGUUUGUCAUCUCAUCUGUAUUUCUAUAUUCGAGCAAGAUUCAGAUCAAAAGCUGAAACACGAAGAACUUCACUUUACGAAACCUAAAAAACGAAAUACUCGUUGUUGGUGUAGUUUUACUUACUCGAAAUAAUUAGAUACUUAAGAAGAGCUAAACGUUUUCUAAUAGGAGAAAUUCUUCUUCCGCUUUCGAUCUGAUAGGGGUUAGAUUUAAUCUUUAUUCAAAUCACUUACGGCGAUAACCGAGGUACAGUUUUGUCCAAAGUUUCGAACCUUGUCUGAUCUAAAACUGUUAAACUAUUCCUUAGAUGCUUACAUAGGAAGAUGUGUUAUUACUAGAACGAGAGAGGACAAAUAUAUAUAUAUAUUAUAUAAUAUAUAUAUGCAAUAUAUACAUAUAUAUGUAUAUAUUGCAAAUUUAUAUCAUAAAGGUACCGAGUUGGCGAAUGCGUAAUAUGUAAUACGAAAUUUCAUUAAGGCUAUGGAAUGUAGGAAAUAUAUUCACAAAAACGGUAGAUCGCUUUGCCAGUAAUAGUAUGCACCUCACGAAGCAGGUUAAAACGUCAUGCCAAACGGUGCAAAUAUGCGAUUGUUCGAAUCAAAUGUUAAUCCCUGUAUGCAGGUCCAGCCGUGGCAGAGUAUUAUUGUAGUCAAGCUCCUCGUAGGAGAAUAAAGUGCGAGAAGGAGCCAACGUUCUUUUACUUCAUUAUGAUCAUUGCGGCUGUGGUAACUGCCUGCCGAAGACGACGUAUUUGCCCAUCAUAACGGUUAUUAUAGGGCUAGAACGCGGCAUGAUUUUAUCUAUUUGUUUGGUCAUUAAAUAGUAUUUGUCGAGAACCAUCAGGCAACAGUCCGAUCGAGGUCUUAACGAUAGCCUAUCUUAUAGCAGAAAAAAGUACUAGAUAACAAAAAACAACCUAUCGAAAAAUUAUUUUUUGGGGUGUAACGUCGUAACUAUCAUAUCCGAAAUUAAGGUUUUACAUUAGAACCUUGUUGAAUCAAUUCAGUUUGAUAAAAUGGUCACGUCUAGUCACCAAUCAAUACGGAUUUUGCCAUGGGUUGUUGGUGUUAUAAAAUAAUUCUGAUUGCUUUUUUGAUUAUAUAAUCCCACCGUAAUGAGAGCAGAUGAUACAUGUAGGAAGCACAAAUUAUUGAGAUAUAUGCAGUGGAUAAUAAAAUGUGCAAGUUGUUUUUCUCGACAACAGCCAAUCUGUAGUAGAGUGUGCACUGCUUGGUCAAACGACUCGUGCAAUAACUGCGAAAAAUCUACUCAGAGUUAAUAAUAUAACGCCGCACUGAAUAUUAACCAACUCGCUUUGAAAGUUGUGAGGCAGGUUUUGACCGCCGCAUCAUAAUGUGAUACAAUUGAUCCAAGUAAAUAAUGAACUUAUAUAUAAUAGUAAAAGUGCAUGGUUAUUGAAUUUGCUAUUUGUUUCAAGUAACCCCUCUAAGUAGCCAAGAAAAAAAAUUAUUGAAUCAUAUACAAAGGAUACGUAAAGGAUACGGUUCAAGAUAUAUAUAUAUAUAUAUAUAUACCUUUGACAGGAAAGCGUUUAUAAGAUAACUUUCAUUCUCAAGUUUAUUUUGUUUUAUUCCCAUCCGUCUAUACUUGGAAGUCUUUGCCAAAAGCCUUAGAGAGUUAAUUUCGAGUGCCUGAGACUAUCUUAGCUGAAUUCGGAACGUUUGUUGUGUGUAUACGUUGAACGUGGAAAAAAACUAGCAUAUGUAUGAAUUUAGUUUUUUUAUAAUAAAUUAUGGUGACAAGUGUGAGUGUUGCUACGUUUGUUGGGACACGGCAUAAUAAUAUGCUUGAAUUAUUGCUCCAAAAAUCUGUAACUGUAAUAAAAACAGCAUUGAGAAACGUAAUAGCAACUUCCUGACACUGAAAGCAUUGAAAUAUACGUUUUUUUUAAUUAGAAUUCAAUAACAGGGUGCAUAAAUAUGAUCAUUGAGCGUAGGUGAUUGCACAUUGAUAUGAUGUUUAGUAAGACGUAGAUUCGAUAUGAGCAAAUGAUGGUAUAAUGGGUAACUAGUUAAAAUCAUCGAUUGAUGUCUGUACAGUGCAGUAAUACUCCCUAUGUUUUUACAUUUUGUGUAUUGCUGUUUGCUUACAUUGGUUUAUGCUUCCGUCAUUAUUCUAAUAGUAAAUCAUAUUAGCGGUCAAUACAGAGCAACAUCGUUGAUAUUGACAAACAAAUAACUAAAAGUUUAGAGAAGCAAUAUUAGUGCAAUAUCGUUAUGUAUUUUAUCUAGAAAACAGCAGCAGGAAAUCCCCCAAUAUAUAUGUAACCACAAAAAUAAACUGUGACACAUUUUUAUGAAGCAGCGUAAGCGUACUUGAAUUCUUCUGUACUUUUAAAGAUUAAUCUUCAAGUAAGUUGAAGCUCAUUUUAAAUUUAAAAAAAAAAGAACGCGUGAUCUAAGGUUAAUUCAUUCAAGCCGCAGGCGAAGAUUGGUCGCUGCUGUAACUGCUGCGAUUUUCAUUCUGUAGUAUCCUUCUGUACCAUAGAUCCGUGCAUGAAAUGAGCCGUAGAGUGGAAAACUAAUGUAGGAGUAGCCUUAAAAAUAAACAUAAUUUUAGUAAUCUAUUUUUUGUACAGAUAUGAGAAUGUAAUUUGACGAUAUGACGAAAAUGAUGACGAUAACGAGAACAUGUACGAAACUUACAUGAUCUGACGGACAAAGUGGAUGAUCGUGGACAAACUGGUAGGCCUGGGCGUCGAUGUUAAGAUGUACUAGAUUUUCGAUGAUAACGUAAUUAGGUAUUGAUUCAGAGCGAUGUGUUGCUAAUAAUUCAUAUAGGAUACAUAUAACCGGGUGAGGUAAUGUUCAUACAAUAAAUAUUCUCUCAGUGUAUA